GGUAUAUAAACUAGAUUUUAAAAACCGGUUACAUUUUACUAUAAAUACUCAUGCUUAGUUACAUGGUAAAGACACAAAACAAUUAGCAAUAAAAAUAAAAUUAAAAUUACUACAAUUAUUAUUCUUCAAAACAAAAUGUUACUCCUCUUCAUUCUAAUGGCAGCCCUUUCUGUUAUUUUUCUUGCAAAAGUUUCCAAAAAUGGUAAAAACCAACCAUUUUGCCCUCCUCCUGGUCCAAAAGGGCUUCCCUUAAUUGGAAACCUCCAUCAAUUUGAACCCUCAAAUACUCACGUCUAUUAUUCCAAAUUAGGCAAAACCUACGGUCCAAUUUUCGCGCUCCGGUUGAUGAGUAAACCUAUGGUUGUUAUUCAAUCGGCGAAAUUGGCCCAAGAAAUCUUCCAAACACAUGAUAAGAAUUUUUGUAAUAGACCAAUGUUGGCCGGAACAAAGAAAUUGAGUUAUAAUGGGUUAGACGUAGCUUUUAGUCCAUAUAGUGAUUAUAUAAGAGAAAUGAAAAAAAUAUUAAUCGUUCAUCUCUUAAACUCUAAGAAAGUCGAGUCGUUUGCUCCAAUUCGACAGGAAGAAGUCUCUAGGUUGAUUCAAGAGGUUUCUUCUUUAUCUUCUGCUUCCAAAAUUGUCAAUUUGAGUCAAUUGGUUCUUAGUUUUGCAAGCUCAACUUCCGGGAGGAUCGCUUUUGGCAAGAGAUACGACGACGACAGUGUGUUAGGAAGAAGAUAUUACAGCCUUCUACAUGAAGCUGAAGCAAUGUUCACAGGAUUCUUUUAUACUGAUUAUGUUCCUUUUGGGGGUUUUCUUGAUAUGAUAACAGGAAAAUCCUCUAAGCUUGAGAAAACCUUUAAAGACUUAAAUGCACUUCUUGAAAAAAUCAUUAACGAACAUCUUCACAAAAACAAGCUCGAAUCUACGAAAGAUGAUAUGGUUGAUGUUUUGCUCCGCCUCAUGAAUGAUACUUCUUUCCCAUAUAAGCUCACAAUGAACCAUAUUAAAGCAAUUUUGAUGAAUCUUUUUGUCGGAGGUGCAAAUACAACCACGGCUGGGGUAAUAUGGAUAAUUGCAGAGCUAAUAAAGAACCCCAUUCCAAUGAAAAAAGUACAAGAAGAACUAAGGUGUGUGGCACAAAACAAAGGUUGCAUAUUAGAAGAUGAUCUACCAAAACUUGAAUAUUUCAAGGCAGUGAUAAAGGAAACAAUUAGGCUACACCCGCCAGCCCCUUUACUUGUUCCACACGAAACAGUUGAAAAAAGCGUCAUAGAAGGAUAUGAUAUUUUACCCAAUACUAUGGUAAUUAUAAAUGCAUGGGUAAUUGGACGAGAUCCAAAAUGCUGGAAGGACUCAAAAAUAUUUAUGCCAGAGAGGUUUAUAGGGAGUUCAGUGGAAUUAAAAGGACGAGAAAUGAUGCCAAUGUAUCCCUUUGGAGGUGGAAGAAGAAUGUGCCCUGCCUACACUUUUGGUCUCGUAAACCUUGAGCUUGUGCUAGCUAACUUGCUAUACUCAUUUGAUUGGGAAUUGCCUAAUGGCUUAAACAAGGAAGAAAUUGACAGCAAUGUCCUCCCUGGCAUCGUUAUGCAUAAAGAAAAACAACUUUGCCUAGUAGCUAAGAAAUUCUAAUAAGUAAUAACAACCUACUUCCAAAAAUCCACAUGCAAUUGGUUUCAUUGCGGAAUUAAGAAUUAUGAAUCACUAUUGCUUGCUUAGCUUUCCUGUCAUCUUAGUUAUAAUUGUAUGAUUAAGGCUAUGUACUUCGGUCUUCGGAUUAAAGUACAAUGUUAACUAUUUUAUGUGAUAAUAAUUAUGUAGUAUGAAGCAUUUUGUUGAAUGUAAUAAAAGUUCUACUACUUACAUGUUAUGUACCAUUUCGUUUUUAAUGCGUUUGACAUGUUUAGAGUUAUAUCUAUAAUGUAAAAAUGAAAUUAUUACUAAUGUACGCUAACAACCUACAAAAAGAACUUGACACCAGAGCGAGGUUGCUACCAAAUGUGCAUCCAAGGUUGACAAAGGGUCCCCACAUAAAUCAACUCAAACUGUUUUUUAUUUUACCUCUAUCAAAAAAAAAAAAAAAGGAAAAAAACCGAAUAAAAUUUACAUUUAGGCGAAU